ACGAUCCCCUUUAAGAUCCCAUCUUCCGUUGCUCGUUCGAUGCACAAGUCCAAGCUCCACGCCAGCAUCACCACACAAGAAGUAGAGCAAUGGAGGACCUCGUGAUUGGCUUGGCCAAGUCAGUGGUGGAGGGGGCGUUGACCAAGGUCCAGUCGGCGAUCGAGGAGGACGAGAAGCUCCGGCAGAGAGCGCAGAGCAAUCUGGCGUUCAUGACUGUGGAGUUCGAGAUGAUGCAGUCCUUCCUCGACGUCGCCAACAAAGAGAGCGGCAACAACAAGCUGGUGGCGACCUGGGUGAGGCAUGUCCGCAAAGUAGCCUACGACGUCCAGGACUGCAUCGAGCUCGUCAUCCAUAUGGACGACAGGCCAAGCUGGUGGCAUCGGUUGCUCCCGACCUGCUCGGGGGAACCGCUGCUGCUAGACCAGGCGGUCGCAGAGAUCGAGCAGCUCAAAGCCAGGGUUGAGGAUGUGAGCAAGUGUUACACGCGCUACAACCUCAUCAACGACUCUGGCUCCAAGCUCGUCAUGCUGCAACCACCGGCGUCCAGAGCUACGGCGGUCAACAUGCUCAUGGAGGCAAGGCACGCCACCCAAAGGCAGCAGGGUUUGGGGGAUCUCACGCAGUUGAUUACAAAGAGAAACAACGACUUUCAAGUUAUCUCGGUGUGGGGGGCAAUCGGCGACCAUGGGACAACAUCCAUCAUUCGGAAGGCCUACAAUAACCCAGAUAUCUGCCGAAGCUUCACCUGCCGUGCCUGGGUGAAGCUAGUCCAUCCUUUCAAUCCUGACAAGUUCGCCCGGUCCUUCAUGGCUCAGUUCUAUGCAAACUCUUCCCAAGCUCAAGGAGGGUCCGUAGGUGUAGAAGUGCGAAGGAAGAUGAAGGCCAACCAAGAAGAUCUCCUCAAUGAGUUCAUGCAACAAGUCAACAGGAAGAGGUAUCUAAUCGUUCUAGAAAAUCUGUCCAACAUGGUAGACUGGGAUGCUAUCAGGACGUUCCUUCCUGAUAAGAAGGAUGGCAGCCGGAUCAUCGUCUCCACACAGCAAUCCGAAGUAGCAAGCCUGUGCGUCGGACAUUCUUACCAGCUGUUGGAGCUCAAGCAAUUCUCGCCUGAGCACUCUGUUUGUGUCUUUUUCGAGAAGGGUUCUCAAGGUCAGGCUUCUCGUGAUAAAGGCAAGGACAACAAAGGUGGCACGUCCAAAGGGUCCAGUGACCACCUUUCCUCUGACGACAAAAUGGAAGCAGCCCGUGACUGGAUGUUGAAUCAUGCCCUUGUUGAACGCGGCUCGGAAUUGACUGAACUUCGUAAAUAUAUAGCUAUGGUACGUAUCAACUCUUCGCAAGUAACGUCCGUGUGGGGCAUGCCUGGCGUUGGGAAAUCAGCUAUUGUGAGAACUUUGUACUACGACAAAAUGCUUGGCAGUGACCAAUUUGUCAAGUACGGUUGGGUGGAUGUAUCCCACCCCUUUAAUCUAAGGGACUUCUCAGGGAGUUUACUUCUGGGCUUUCAUUCAGAAUCUCACCAAUCCAAGGAUGCUGCAUAUCGUGUUGCAAUGGGAAUCACAGACCCCAUUGAAGAGUGUCGUAAGUUUCUGAGCAACUAUCGGUGCUUGGUGGUUAUUAAUAAUCUGCAGUCCACUGAAGAAUGGGACUCGAUAGAAAAUAACUUGGUAUCUCGGCCAUCUACAAGUGUUAUCAUUGUUGUCACAACUGAAGCAAGAAUUGCCGCACACUGCGCACAUAACAAAGAAGAUAUUUUGAAUGUCAAAGGUCUAGAGGCUGACGCAGCAUAUUCUCUCUUCAAAAAGGAGGUACAGAAGAAGAGUCAGUCAGACUCACUACCUAUUAGGGACCUUCCGGCAGACCUACAAAAACGUUAUUGUCUUUUUGAUGGGAAGCUAAAAGAACUUAUUUUACGGUGUGGCGGACUUCCCAUGGUAAUAACUGCUAUAGCUGGCUCGUUGGGCACCGAUUUGACCGAGAGCAAAUGGAAGGACAGUAUAGCCUCUCUGAACGAGGGAUUUAUGAAAGAGCUGGAGAAGAAGGCACACUUCGAUAGUCUACGUGGUCUAUUCAGCUGGAUGCAUUCCUAUGUUGGUAACUGCCCGGAUAUUCUCAAGCCAUGCAUCCUAUAUAUGUCAAUUUUCCCCCCAAAUCAGUGCAUUCGGCGCAGGCGUCUGGUAAGGCGGUGGAUCUCGGAAGGCUAUUCCAAGGAGAAUGACAACAGGUCUCUGGAGGAAUACGGGGAGGAGUUGUUCUCUAUGCUCGUCAAUAUGAGUAUAAUCCAGCAGCCGCCACAGUCGGUCACCACCGCAUCAGAUGACACACGGAUGGUCUUGUGCCAAGUGAACAGAUUUUUGUACGAGUACAUCAUCUCACGGCGAAAGGAAGAGAAUCUGGUCUUUCAACUGGGGCACGGUCGCAAUCUGUCCACCCAAUGCACGUGGCAUCACCUUACCAUAUGGAAGGAGUGGAACAGAGACCAGGUUGUGUUCGAGAGCAUCAACUUGUCACGGCUGCGGUCACUGACAGUGUUUGGAGAAUGGAAACCGUUCUUCAUCUCUAAAAGUAUGAAGCUGGUUCGAGUGCUUGAUCUGGAGAAUGCAACAGGUGUAAAGGAUGACGAUCUCGAGAAUAUGGUGAAGCUUCUGCGUCGUCUCAAGUUCCUCUCAUUGAGAGGAUGCCGUGAGAUCUGCAACCUGCCAAGUUCAAUAGGUGAUCUGAGGCAGCUCCAAAGUUUGGACAUCAGGCACACCACCAUAGUGGCCCUUCCAGGGAACAUCACCAAGUUACAGAAGUUGCAGUAUAUUCGUGCCGGCACCAUCGUCCAAGCAGAGCAACCAUCAACACCGUACCUUUCAGUAUGCCGGGUUCCCGGGAUCUGUGGACGUCGUCGCCUAGUCGGUGCUAAGGUGCCUCGUGGGUUUGGGAAACUGACGGCGUUGCACACACUUGGUGUGGUCAAUGUUGGUGCUUCAGCCUGCAAAGGCGUCCUGAGACAGCUCAAGAAGCUAACACAGUUGCACAAGCUCGGAGUAUCAGGCAUCAAUAGGAAAAACAGCCGGAAGUUCUUCGCUGCAAUCUCAGGUCAUAGGCAUUUGGAAUCCUUGUCAGUGCGGCUCCAAAGGGGCAGCCAAGGUUGCUUGGACGACAUCUCCCUGCCUUGGGAGAAUCUACAGAGCCUUAAACUGUAUGGGCUUGAAGAUAAGUUGCCACUAUCGAGACCCCGUUUACCUGAAGACCACUUGCCUCAAGAUGUAGUGAGCAACCAGGUUACCAAGCUCACAAAGUUGGUUCUACAGAUGGACAUUUUGAAGCCACGGGGAAUAAAGUUCCUUGCCGAGCUACCAAACCUAUGUAUUCUGCGCCUUCGAGUCAAGCAGCCCAGCCUCCAUUUUUUUGUCAAAUUGACUGGACACGAGUUGCCCAUCUAUGAAAAGGUCAAGAUCCUCGAGAUUGCGUGCAGCUCCAGGUUACGUGUCACUUUUGGAUCCAAAGCAAUGCAAAAUCUUGAGCUGCUCAAGCUUGACUUCAGCAGUGGGUCGCCAACAUAUCAGCUUUCUGGCCUGAAUCAUCUAUGUCAACUCAAGGAAGUGUUCCUUAAAGGUUCCAAUGAUGAAACACAGAAGACAGGUCUGCAGACUCAACUUGAGAAUCACCCAUAUAAACCUAUUGUGAAGCUGGAGGAAUAAACAUGUCCGUCCCAAUGAAUAAAGAGCUCGAGACGCUCAUUUCCCUUCUCCCUUUUCAUUUUUUCCGAUACAUUUACCAGUUUUCUACAUAAUACAUUUGUCUUUGCUAUUGAAACGCCUGUCCGUGACUGCCUUGAGCUGCAACCAUCAUGCCAGCAAAACCUGAAACGUACGCUUGCCUGCUUCUUUGUGUAACCUAUUUUGUAGUCAGGCCCUGAUCUUCGUAUUGAUUCUGUCAA